AUGCUGGUAUUCAUCGAGCGCGCUACUAGCAAGGACUCACAGGGGAACGAUGUAUUGGUCGUAUGGCUACUGGAUGAAGAUCCUCAAACUUUUCGUCUAUACCUCAACCUCGUAUACGCAAAUCAGCUGGCCACCAGAGGUCCUGACCAGUGGCUAAAGCUAUGUGAGCUAUACGGUUUGGCAGAAAGACUACAAGAUACCAAAUCCAAGAACCAGACCGUUGAGGGAAUGUACAGCUUCUUGAACGAGCUGCUCCACAGUUCCAUGUUACCUUCCGUCAAAUGGAAACAUUCUCUCCCAGCUGUAGCAACGGCAAAGCUGUUCGAGGGUAUGACCGACCAAAGUCAGGUCAGGAACCUGCUUUUGGAUUUCUACACAGACUUCGGUGACCCAAUCUUGCUUCGAGAAGCGCAGGCAGAAUUGCCGGCCGAUUUCAUCUACGAUGUUGCCGUCCGAUUGUUGGAAAAGCGCGCUCAUGUUAUCUUUGGCUCACAAAUCGUGUACCCACCGUCUCGCUACUACGAAUUCAGCAAUUCUUUGCCAGAGAAUACUGGCAUUGUCACCAAGGAAACGGAGGAAGCCUCGAUAGACGAACGGAGCGACACGGUCAAGGUUGCUAAGGCAGUGGAGAAGGAUACUACAAAAUUGGACGGAAUUUCCAAAGACACCAAGCCGGAACCGAAGCUCGGAAGUCUAUUCGGUGCAGCUUCUGAUGUGGGGGUACCGGCUGCUGGUAAUGCACUACCAAUCCUCAAAGGGCUCGCAACAACGGUGAAAUGA